AUGGUUAAUGCUGCCCAGCUUGAAGGUAGUGGACAAGGAUACAACGACAAGAAUGGGCAGGACAUCGUGUCCGGAAGUCCAGUUCACGCGGGCGAAAGAAGUUCUGUCGUUCCGAAACCAAACGUGUCGGUUAGUGGCACUCCAGAGAACGCUACCGGGGGCGUGCAGCAGAUCGUAGCAGCCGUGAAGCAAACCACAGUGGGUUUCGGCGAAGACGUUGAGGCAGCCGUAGAGAAUAUCUAUACCAACAUGACGACCUUUGAUGGUGUGAUGCCCAUAGAGAACGUGACGGACUGCACUGGAUAUCAGGUACUCGCAGAUCAACCGGUGUACAUUGGACCGUCAGUGAAUUUCAUCCGAAAAUGCUGCCCCCAGGGACAGCGUAUGGUACACGACGGGGAUAACAUAAUCUCCUGCCAGCCGGAAGGGCCCCAGACAAACAGAUCCACCAUGAGCACCAUCGUUGCCAAAUUCUACGACGGAUGCAUCGAAGAUUUAGAGGAAGACGCUGCGCUCGGGUUUAUCUACGGUAAUCCGUGCGUGACGGAGAGAGGUCUGGUGAGCUACGGACCCCACUUCAUGGACACACUGUACGUAAUCCAGAACGGAUCGCUGCUCGUUAUCUACAAGCGGCCGUACAAUAUCGAAGUCUUCAACAGCUACUGCUUGGAUUACCGCAUCUCGGACGCUACGAUCGUGGCGUACGUGUGCCCGGAAGAGGUUAGCUUAGGUGCGGACUUUCUCCCGUGCCAGCUGAUCUUGCUUACCGUGUGCCUGAUAUUCGCCAUUCCGCUGCUGCUGCUGACGGCAUUCUUCUACAUGAUCAUCCCAGAGUUGCACGAUCUGCACGGCAAAGCGUUGGCGAUGAAUUGUGUUAACUUUGCGUUCGCACUGCUGCUGGAGUCGUUCUUCCAGCAUAAAGCCAGCGGAAAGCGGAUGAAUGCCGACCAGAUCGUGCUGAAGAACUCCGCGGAGUACCUCAUCCUGGCGACGUUCUUCUGGCUCCUGGUCAACUGUGCGAACAACUGUUUCCAUGCCUGGACAAAUUACACCGCCUUACUCUUCGUCGUGAUGGCAAUCGUAUGGGUCUUUAUGACGGCGUCGUACUACAGCACGUACAAGCUGCCAAUCUUCUACGACAUUCUUUUCGGCCUGCAGGGUAUCGUCAUGUUUAUCAUAUUCAUCUGUUUGCCCAAACCGAGAGAUACCACGCUGUACACUGCACCUUGA